CAGUCUUUAUCCAUUUGUUGGAGUUCUCACCACGGUGUCUUAAUUUCGGAUAUUGGAAUGUCUGGUCUGGGAGUGUGUAGAGCCGUCCAAGACGGUCUGGUUGCAGCCAGACGGUCUGGUCUGGUAGUGUGUGGGAGGCUUAACGUUUCUGUUUGUCAUGGUUUACUUUUACUUGUCAUCUUGUAUUAUUGAGUAAUAAUGAGUACUAGGUGAAACCCGUCGAAAUCGACGGUUACUUUCAAGGCGUACGCUAAUUCAUCUGCUGCAAUAAAUUGAGUGAAAUUAUACAUAUUUUGAGCAUUUAGCAUUGUUUAAAGAUUAAUAAGUGUAAAAACAAUAAUGAUAUUAAUUGCGUUAGUUACCAAAAUAUGGUUUAUCAUUCAAUGAAUAAAAUAUUUCCCAUUAGUCUUAUCUGGUAUCUCUUCCUUUGGAAGAACCUUUAUAGGUAGGCUACCAGUAUUAAAAUCGUAUUGGUGGAUCUUUUGUAGUUAAACACUUCCGUGAUUCCAUCAGUGUAAUGCAGAUUAAUCUAGGAUUUUAUUUGAAAAAAAUAUCUGUUUGUUGGGAAGACACGUUCUAACUUCAAACAGAGGUACUGUAUAUCCGUUACAGUGUAAGAUUGAGUUUUCCUUCGUCACGUCGUGUCAGUCAGUUCAUAUCGUACUUCUGUGCCUACGAAUCACACACAAAAUUUGCCUAUGCACAUUUCUCUAGCAAUGUUUUGAGAAAUUGGUUGUGGGGUUACUGUUAAAGCUGGAAUUCCUUGACAUGGGAGAUGUCAGUUAGUUGUCUCAGCCUUAUCAAUUACAUAAAGUUGUCAAUAUAAUCUCUCUACAGAAUGUUAGGUGUAGUGGAAUAUACUUGAAGUAAAGUUGGAUUUUAUUCUUGAACUGUUAGGGGCCUCCUCAAUUAUAUGGUCGUGCGGCUUCAUUGGCAACAAAUAAUGCAAAUGAUAUGAUACAGAAGAAAAUCAAUUUUAAAAUCAGAAAAUAACAUUGAAAAUACUUCUUUUGGACAAUUCUAACUCCCAAUAAAUGUGUGUUGUUUAAAAUACAAUAUUAAAAUUAACAGCUGUUUCAUUAAAAAUUAUCCACAUGGCCAAAAUGUAAACAAAUCUGUGGAUGGGUCUUUAAAGGCUUCUGGGACAGAGCCCUAAGCGAAUUUACUUCGUUUUUCUUUUGAUAACUCAUCUACAGACCAAAACCUUUCUUAGGACCCCUCUACCAAGUUUCUACGCCCAGCCGUUCUCUCAAAUUAGUGGAGACAAAGUUUCCAAUUAAAUAUUUAGAUUCCCCCAUGUUAAUCUUAUGGGAGAAAACCCAACUUUGAUGGAAGAUCCUGCCCAAACAAAUAAAGAUAUCAAAAAUCUAAAAACACUUUGCAAAACUACAGAUUAGGUUCAUUUGUUUGACACUUUAAUCAUCAAAAUCGGUCCAAAAAUGAGGGAGUUCUGUUUACAAAAAUCGGCUUAGCGUAUUAUAUAUAUAGAUGUCUUCGUCUCCUUGUAGUCUUGAUGAAUAACUGUGUUUCUUUAAGAUAUUCUAUUCCAAAGUUUUUAUUAAUUCAUUGCAAACUUGCAUCGUACACUUUAAGCCUCAUCUAUAUUGCACACUAUUAUGCAUGUGAGGGCUUCUGAAGACAAGGUGCCACUGCUGGGGGACGAUAAUCAUAGACAUGAUACUAGGCAUAAAAAUUACCCAUCCGUAACACAACACAAACUGGAGUUUUAUAACAAGAAGCCAACAGAUGCAGAUGGAUGUGAUUGUGGCUGAUCUGGACGGAGGCUCUAUCCUAGUGCCUGACGGAGUGUCACUACCGCUGCUGCCGGAGCCACUGUUGACCUCUGUGACCGAGGCUUUAGGUCUAGUGUUGCAACCGGACCUCAUCUGUGCAGACCAUGCGUUCCCCCCGUCACCCCCGCCACCGCUACCCCCACCUGUGGUUCUAGACAAGCAGAUCAGAGCUGUGUUCAUGCGGACGUUCGCUCAACUACUGCAAGGCUAUCGUAGCUUCCUCACCAUUAUCAGAAUCCACCCAAAGCCCGUCAUCACUUUCCAUAAGGUUUGGAGACUUGUAACAACAUCAAUUUCAUCUUCAACUUGAUCUUCACGUAUCGUUGUUGAGAACGCUGCAGAAUGUUUGAGGAGGGCCUUUCCGAGGCUCCGUAACUGCCCUGGGUGUGGCUGGGAUUCUCAGUUCUGCUGGACCUCAUGGAGAGUAAGUUGUCCAGGAUUGUACGGCUUUGCUACCACUCCCCACCACAACGGAGGAUAAGACUUCCCUGAUCUUGGUUUCUCCAGGGUAGCUUUUGCCUACCCCGAAUGCUGCUGGGAUUCUCAGUUCUGCUGGACAACAUCUGGAUUGUAGGACUUUGUUACUACUUCUUAGAGGAUGUCUUUCUCCACCAGAAUGGAGGAUUUACAAUGCUCAAGACUCCUAAGAUCAUUUCAUGAUACCUACUGGGAAAUCAUAAGGUUGCGGAAGGAGAUGGUUGUUCUAGCAAGGCUUGGACUUCCACUGAGCAUUACAACAUUAUUGUAAAUGUAGACUAUGUAUAUAAUGACAAAUACUAAAACACAUAUUG